AAUGGGCGGAGGCGGGGGCGUGCCGUGGGGCCGGCGGCCUUGGCGCGGAGCUCCUUUCCUCGUGCUCCGCGUUGAACCCCCGCUGCCGCUGCCGUCGCUGCUGCUACAGCUGCGGUCGUCCCUGCCCGGCCCAGCCCCGGGGUGCACCCCCACAAGGCUCCUGCUGGUGUCCUUGGAGCAUGGGAGGCUGCUGAGCUUGAGUGGUGGUGUCUGGUAGGAGCUGCGUGUCUUGCCCUGUGGCAGGGAGGGCGUCCAUGGCUGCAGCCAACAAGGGCAACAAGCCCAGAGUCCGGAGUAUCCGCUUCGCGGCAAGCCAUGAUGCAGAAGGCUCCCAGAGCCAUGUCCACUUUGAUGAGAAGCUGCAUGACUCAGUGGUCAUGGUCACCCAGGAAAGUGAUAGCAGCUUUCUGGUCAAGGUUGGCUUCCUGAAGAUCCUGCACAGGUAUGAGAUUACAUUCACUCUGCCUCCAGUGCACAGGCUGAGCAAGGAUGUCCACGAGGCACCUGUCCCUAGUCUGCACCUCAAGCUCCUUGGCGUUGUGCCCACCUCUGAAGGUUAUAGCGUCAAGUGCGAGUACUCAGCGCACAAGGAGGGCGUGCUCAAGGAGGAGAUGCUGCUAGCCUGUGAAGGGGGUGCAGGCACCUUCGUGCGAGUGGUCGUGCAGGCCCGCGUCAUGGACCGGCACCACGGCACACCCAUGCUGCUGGACGGUGUCAAGUGCGUGGGCGCCGAGCUAGAAUACGACUCUGAGCACAGCGACUGGCAUGGCUUCGACUGAGGCUGGCAACCCUGCCUGCCUCAGGGCCCCUCAGCCUUAAACCUCGCCUCGUCUCCCCAACAUGCUGCGUGAUGGUUGUGGCUUCCUCGCCCCUCCCCAGGUUGGGGGUGGGGGUGGCUGUUCAGGGGCCUCCAAGCUGAGGUCUCGCCCACGUCUCUCACCUCUGCCUUUGUUUGUGCCACCACCCUGCCUCUCCUGAGUCCUCCUCUCUGUGUCUCCCACUUCCUCCUCUCCGUGUGCCUCAGUCUCCUGCCAGAGGAAAUGGGUCGAGCCCACAAGGAGGCUGUUUGAGGAAGGGAGAGGGAGGGUCUGGGGUGGGUUCUACCCAAUCCCCACCCCAAGCCAUAGGGGCUCCAGCCAGGGUCUGGGAGAGGAUGGAGCUGGCUCUGUGAUGUCGUUGCCCCAUUUCUGCUGCUGCUCUCUCGCUUCAGCACCUCUCCUGCCUCUCCCUCUUCCCCACUGCUCUCUACAGUGAGCAGGAGGGAGGUGCGGCCCCAAUUCCUACCCCUCAGGUCUGUGUUACUUGGUUUUUAAACAACUGGUUGGGAUAGAACCCUAAAGAAAUAAAACUUCCAGUGGAUACUA